UCUCUUUAUUUUUUUCUUUAGUUUUCCACACGUAAUCAUCGUGAAAACAACAUCCCAAUGUUUAAACAACAACUACAAAGCUGAAAAUUAAAAAAACUAAUAACCUUCAUUACACUUCUUACAACUUCUAACGACUACAGACCAAUAGAAUAAAAGAAAAUUCAAGUGAAAAAAGAGAAAUUAUGGCAUCAAAUACCACAGAUUCAGAUACACAAGUCAACAUAGAUGAUUUACCCAUAACAUUUAAGGUCAAAUACAUAGGCUCCGAGGUGGCCCGCGGUCUAUGGGGCAUUAAAUAUACCCGACGUCCUGUCGAUAUAAUGGUGGGCGCUGCCAAAAAUCUACCACCCAAUAAAACUCUACCCCACUGUGAGCUGAAAGUUUCCACCGAGGGUGUGAGUAUAGAAAUUUUACAACCCAAGGCCAGCAUUAACAAUUGGAGUUAUCCCAUCGAUACGAUAUCCUAUGGUGUACAAGAUCUAGUCUAUACACGUGUCUUUGCCAUGAUCGUGGUAAAAGAUGAAACCAGUGUACAUCCUUUUGAGGUUCACGCCUUUGUGUGUGAUAGUCGAGCCAUGGCGAGGAAACUUACGUAUGCUUUGGCUGCUGCCUUCCAAGACUAUUCACGUAAAGUGAAAGAGAAUGGCAGUGAUGAGAGUAGUGACAAAAUAACACCCACCCGUCAAAAGUUUGCUAUAGACUUAAGAUCACCUGAAGAAUUGGCUGAGGAUGAUGAAACGGAAGCUUAAUUUUAACUAAAUAUUUAGUAUAUUUUAUAACAAUUUGUUGUUUUUUUUGUAUUACAUUUGUAAAAGUAUUUAAGUUUUGUGAUGAUUUUAAGUAUUUUGUAAAUUUGUAUUUAUGAUUUUGAAACUUUAUUUUGUAUUGUUUAAUAUUUUUAACAAAGAGGAUGCUUUACACAAUUACCGUUAGUUUGUUCCAAGUGCUACUUAAUCCAUUUAUUAUGUAAUAUAUUUAUUGCAGUAGAUUUUUUUAAUUUUACACUAAAAACUGUAAAUUUGUGAUCCUCAUACAGCUAAUAAUCCAAAGUUUGAAUAAAUACAAAUAUUUUAAUGGUAAAAAA